AUGUCCUCAGAGUUGGACAGUCUCAGACUCAGAAAGUCGCUUCAUGUAUUCAGAGUUGGAACUGUCCUCAGACUCAGAGAAGCUCGCUUCAUGUCCUCAGAGUUAGAACAGUUGUCCAGUCGCAGAGAAGGCGCUUUCAUGUGUCCAGAGUUGAACAGUCUCAGACUCAGAGAAGUCGCUUCAUGUCUCAGAGUUGGAACAGUCCACAACUCAGAGAUGUCGCUUCAUGUCUCAGAGUUGGAACAGGCUCAGACUCAGAGCAUUCGCUUCUAUGGUCUCAGAGUUUGGAACAGGUCUCAGCCCUCAGAGAAGUCGCUUCAUGUCUCAGAGUUAGAACAGAUGUCAGACUCAGAGAAGUCGCUUCAUGGUCUCAGAGUGUGGGAACAGUCUCAGACCUCAUAG